GAUCCUUGUUGUUUCAACUUCAUUGAAUUAGAAAAGGGUUUUGACUAAAUUCUUGUUUCAUCAUUCUUUUAACGUUUCCUAAUCAACCCUAACUUUGGAUUUUGGUGUUAUCGUUAUGACUUAGAACAUUUUAUUUUCGAUUAAUUCUAUUCCACUGUUCCAGGUUGCUUGUGCAAGAAACUAGCAAUAUUGAUUGGUACAGGUACUCGAAGCUCAGAUUUUAAAAUUGGGUAUUAGUGCUCCUCACAUGCAGGCCUUCGGAAGCUCGAAGGAGAGAGUGAUUCAUCAUUUAUGCUUCCGAAAAAGGGGAAAAGUUGAGAUAUGUCCACCUUUCUAUGUAAAGAGAGAGAAUUCCCCGAGCAUCUGUUUUAUCUUAUUCUUAUCUCGUCGUGAUGAACACUUUUAGAGAGAGAGAGAGAGAGAGAGAAGGAGAAAAGUGGGGCACCAAAGAGACUGCGCAAAGUAAAGAAGCAACACAGAGCGUGUCAUCCCUCCUUGGAUGAAAUUUAUUUCCUUUUUUUCCAAUUGUAUUCGAAUCUAACCUCACUUUCAUGGAGUCAUUUCAUCAUGAAAGUGAAGGCUGAAAAGCGCGUUUCAAUUUGCUCUGCAAUUUCCACCUACUUUCUCUGCAAAGAAUGCUACUCAGUCCUUACUCAAAAGUCUCAAACUCAGGUACGCGUAGAACUAUUUAUUCUUCCCCUACGCUCCUUUUCUUUUUUCUUUCUGGGUUCCUUAUUUUUGGAUCCUUUGUGGAGUUUCCGCUCCCAUUGCGAUUAUUAUUUGAUAUAUUGGUUUCUGAAUCUGCAAUCUCCGAGUAUCUUUGACUCGCUACGCGAUUUAGUCAGUUCGUUUGAUAUUUGGACUUGAAGAAUCUCAGACUCAGAUAAUUUUUUUUAAUAAUGUAAGAUAUUCACCUCCUCUGCUUUUCUGUGGACAAUUCAAAAUAUCGUUGUUUCAGUGUAAUUGCUGUGCCUAUAAUACUUUCUGAUUAAAUGGAAAUGUUGGUGAGCGUGUUCUUUACGGCUCCAAUGAGAACUUCCAUGCACCUUCGCUACAGUUGGUUAGUUAUCAUUUCUACUUAUAGUAGAUCACCUCGGUGGGUGGAGGGCAUUUCACAGGCACAGUUUUAGCAAUUUCGGACCUUUUGCUUUGUAGUUUUAGGGUUUUGGAUUCUGGCUGCUGUGUAGUUGGUUCAUUUAUCAUUUCUUGGUUCGUCUGAUGGUACCCAAAAGGUAUCUUCACGAGGAGAAUGAUGGUUUAGACGUUCAAGUUCAGGAAUCAAAGCGUUGUCAUACACUAUCAACUGUUGUGAGAGAGCUGAUGCAAGGAUUGUCCAUGCAAGAAUUCUAUGCAAAGUUGGAACCUUUUCUGAGAAAUGUGGUGCGAGAGGAGGUGGAACGUGUAAUUUUACCCUAUAUCCAAUCUUCCCCCAGACCUUCCAUUAACCAGAUUGAGGCAUCUGGAUCAAGAGGCUGGCAGUUGCAUUUUAUUGGUACGUUGCCCAGUACGUUUUUCACAAACAGCAAAAUAGAAGCUGAGAAUGGUACACCCAUUCGAAUAGUUAUUUGUGAUGCUAGUUCCAAGAGUUUUAUCACAUCCGGUCCUUUAUCAUCAGUAAAGGUAGAUAUUGUUGUCCUUGACGGUGAUUUUGGCGAACAAGAAGAUUGGACUGCGGAGCAAUUUCAUGCAAGUGUCAUAUGUGAAAGAGAAGGUAAACGACCAUUGCUGACGGGGAAUCUAGUAGUUACACUGAGAGGUGGAGAAGGUUAUCUUGGUGACAUUGCUUUUACAGAUAACUCCAGUUGGAUACGAAGUCGAAAAUUUAGAUUAGGAGCUAGAGUUAACCGAAGUUUCAGUUCUGAAGAAAGAAUUAGAGAAGCAAGAAGUGAAGCUUUUAUUGUAAAAGAUCACCGCGGAGAAUUGUAUAAGAAGCACUACCCUCCAUCCUUUGGUGAUGAAGUAUGGCGUCUGGAAAAGAUUGGAAAAGAUGGUUCCUUUCAUAAUCGGCUUGCUGCUCAUGGAAUUAAAACGGUGCAGGAUUUUCUGCGGUAUCUGAUAACUGACCAAUCCUUUCUACGCAGUAUUUUUGGCAAUGGGAUGUCAAACAAGACCUGGGAUACAAUUGUUGAUCAUGCGAAAACUUGUGUUUUAGAUAAUAAGCUGUACAUGUAUUGUGAUGGUGGGAAACGGGUUGGGCUUCUGUUCAAUUCCAUUUACAAUGUUCUUGGGAUAAUAUUUGAUGGCCACAGCUAUCAGCCGCUGGAUGACCUCACCGCAUCUCAGAUGAUUUGUGUGGAGCGUUUGAAGCAGCAUGCUUACAGAAACAUGAAGGAGAUGAUUGAGAUUGAUGGACCUUUGAAUGAUGGAAAUCUGAGGCAGUUGCCUGUGCCACCAGCUGCCUCCUUGCAAGGAUCAAGCCAGGCUUUGCAGCAUCCCGACUUCCCAAUCAUUCUUCAAGAGCAACUCCCAAUGCAACCAGGCUUCAAUUCUUUGACAAACAUAUCAGCAUCUGUUAUGGAAGGUCAUGGUGAAUUGGAAGAAACUGCUGUGACUCAAGGUCAUCAUUCGGUGCAAGUAUGCACACCAAUCCAAAGGAACAGCUUUAACAUGAAUGAUUCUUGCAUUGGACCUUAUGUGAAGGAUGGAAACGAGUGGGCUCCAGGCGGGCCUUUGGUACCUGCUGUCUCUGCUGGACAUCUAGCAGGUGAUGACAUUUCUCAGGUUCAGUGGCAGGGUUUAUUUCCAGUUGACACAUCAUGGGGGCAGGGGAAUGGAAUGUUUGUGGACUCAAGUGAGGAAGCAAAUAUGGGCUUACUUUCUUCUCUGCCUGAUUUAAGUGUACAAAUUCCUAGGACUUGUAAGCCAAACAUGGGAUGGUUUAAGCUUAGGGCAGCUAUUAAGUGGGGAAUAUCAGUUCGAAGGGAUGUUGCUGCGAGAAGGAGGGCAAGUCUUCCACAGUUUUAUCAGUAUUGUUAAUUACAAGUGAUCAUCUCAAAAUUUAGUCGGUGAGGUUUAUUGUGAUCCUUGUAAUCCAAUUCAAGUGUGGAUGUUCCAUGUGGAGUGAUCAUCUACUAAUAACCCUGAAGUCAGUUUAGAGGGCUAUAUGUUGCUGUCACAUUGGGGGCAGAGCUGCUUGUCAUUGGCCUACCCAAAUUGUCCCUUGCCAUGUGCAUCGAAUGGUCCUGGAAUUGGGGAAUGUGAACAGGGUAUCAGGUUGGUCUAAUUUGGCUCAGUCGCAGAGGUGGGUUAUAUAACCUGGAAAGUGAUGUGAAGUUUUCUUCAUGGGAGUAGAAAACAAAAGCUAUAUCAAUAAAGGGCAGCAUAUGCUACUGGCCUGGGAAUUAGGAUCCAUCUCAAGAGUAUUAUACAGUUUGCAUAAUGGAGGUGUUGGGAGCCACAGUUCUUAGGAUUUCAAGUGAACUAGAACCAGCAUGAAUUGGUUGUGACUUGAUUCCAACUUUUUCUUGUGAAUUUAUUUAUACUGUUGGGAAGAAUUUAAACAGAACUGAAUGGAAGGGUAUUAAGUUACCUGUCAUCCAAGAUUGAUUAAUUAUUAUUAUUAUAUAUAUUUUUUAACCUAUCUAA